AUGGGUACAUUUCUGGUUUUUUGCACGGCUCAAAUACCAAACGAGACACUUUCAGUCUUCGUAACGCAAUCUACCCAGGCCAAAAGCGCACCCGAAAGCCCAUGGAUCCUUCAAAGAUCUCCGGAUGAAGAUGUCCACGGACCGGAACUUACUCUUCCUCUAUCAAGUUCAUCAUUCACUACUGGUUUUCAAAACGCAUCUCCUGAGGCGUUACAAAAGUUCAUGAUGGAAAAUGUCGUCGACCGUCACGACUUUCCCAACUUCGAGGGUGGAAUUGAAUGGAAUCAAUUUGUAGUUCUGGAUUCCCAAAGUGCAGAGGACAAAAGUACUUGCUUGGUUUAUCAUUGCAUGAGACGCAUGCCGGAAGGUUCGGCGGAAGAUGAAUGGGAUGAAAAGAAGCUCGUUAGUGAAUGGAAGGUCUGGCGCGUCAAGUUUCUCGUGGCAUGGUGGCUGAUUAGUGGACUGUGUAUGAAUGAUCAAGCUCUCUUCCAGGUUCUCGAAGAUGAGAGGGAUACAUAUACCGACAAAGACGGAGUGUUGCAGAUGCCAUAUUUGGAGAAUGAUGAGUAUGAGUAUCCGGAUUUGGAGGAUCGUGUCCCAUGGGGACCAACUCCUUAG